CGUUCGUCUAAACUCCAAAAAUGGCGGGGUUUAGGAAGAUUCUUUUGUUAAAAUGUUUUCUUUCAUUAUUUGAUUUAUUUUUCUGUGAAAAACAACCUGAUACUUUGAAUGUUUUAAGCAUCCUUCUUCCUUAUUCUACGGCAGGCUCAGCUAACGUCAACUUUACUGUUUGGGCACAGAGUGGUUGCUAUAAGUGGAGUUCUUCAAGACCAAAGAUUGCCGAAAUUCGACCUGUUAUUGGUAUUUCACCAAAGAAAAGUCAAAAUGACUGUAGUCAAAAGGCGAUAGUCACAUCACAGUCAUCAAAACCUGAAAAGCAAACUGCAAUAAUUGUUGCUGAAGAGAAAGGGUUUAAUGGGGCAGCAGUAUCAUUGUUGAAGGCCUAACAACAGGAACAGCACUGGUCAGAGCAAAAUUAAGUCAUCCAACCU